AUGCCUGUGCGCCCGCAGCCUGGACUGGUCUACUACCAGCAUGAAAGCGGGCAGACGCAGUUUGAGCGACCGUCAUCAAGGUCCUCCAAAGAUCCCUUGGAAAAAAUCAUAGAGAAGGAGAAGCGGCAGAAGGCGGAGGAGGAGAAGAAGGAGGCUAACAAGCUUCCUGAGAGGGCCGUCCAGAAGGGCGAAGCUCGAAUUUGGCACAUCCUCAAGAAGCACAGGGACUUCUUCGGAAAGCCCGCAAAGUCCUGGCGGCAAAGCCAGAUAACUUGGAGCAAGAAGGAGGCCAAGGAGUCCUUGAAGGCCCUGAAGUUCAAGCUUGAGAACGUGGCUUACGGGGGCGGGGCCCAGGCCUUGCAAAAGAAGUUCGAGAACUAUGCCAAAGCCGAGAGUGAUGACGAUAUCUCCGCAAAAGUCGGCGGCGACUUGGGGCCCAUCACCAAGAAGAAGAAGCUCUUCGGUGGCUAUGAGAUCGCGAAGGCCUCCUUCGAGAUGAAGAUCGGCACCAUCUCGGACGUUCUCGAAACCUCCGAGGGCGUGCACCUCGUCGGGCGCUUCGAAUGA